GGCACUUCUACCCCCUUCCUGCCCACCGGGCACUUCUGCCCCCUUCCUGCCUACCGGGCACUUCUACCCCCUUCCUGCCUACAGGACACUUCUACCCCCUUCCUGCCUACCGGGCACUUCUACCCCCUUCCUGCCUACAGGGCACUUCUACCCCCUUCCUGCCUACAGGGCACUUCUACCCCCUUCCUGCCUACCGGGCACUUCUACCCCCUUCCUGCCUACAGGGCACUUCUACCCCCUUCCUGCCUACAGGGCACUUCUACCCCCUUCCUGCCUACAGGGCACUUCUACCCCCUUCCUGCCUACCGGGCACUUCUACCCCCUUCCUGCCUACCGGGCACUUCUACCCCCUUCCUGCCCCCCAGGCACUUCUACCCCCUUCCUGCCUACCGGGCACUUCUACCCCCUUCCUGCCUACCGGGCACUUCUACCCCCUUCCCGCCUACCGGGCGCUUCUGCCCCCUUCUUCUUGCCUACCGGGCGCUUCUGCCCCCUUCUUGCCUACCGGGCGCUUCUGCCCCCUUCCCGCCUACCGGGCGCUUCUGCCCCCUUCCCGCCUACCGGGCGCUUCUGCCCCCUUCCCGCCUACCGGGCGCUUCUGCCCCCUUCCUGUCUAGGCCAAUU